AUGUUCAAACAUUCUCUGCUUCUCGCAGCUGUGGGGAGUGCCCUUGUGGCCGCAGCCCCUAGCGGUCAACGCUCUAUACCGGCCCCUUGUGCCGAGAUUUCCCAGCAGUAUAUGCAUGGGAUUAAAACCGGCAGUAAGAGUGACCACCGGGGACAACUUGCUGACAAGAAACUAGAAGUACCCACGUUUCCCGGUGCAUUGGCCUAUGGAUGCCUACAGUCCAUGCCAUUUGAUCCAAAGAGAGGAGCUGCCUUUGUCGAAGACGUGAAGAAAUACAUGCAGUGGCAGUCUAACGCCAAUGUGCUAAGCAAUCCUCCGGCUUCGUAUCUGUCUCCUCCGGUUGAUAUAUGGGGUGGCUUGGACUAUUUGCAGCAGCAGGCUGCCGACAACAAAUUUGGCAAUCAAUUUGAGUUCGACACUGCUCUUUCGGACCUCUUUAUAUCUGCCAAGGAUGGGCAUCUAUCCCUUCUACCAUGCUCUUUUAUGCCAUUCAUGUUUGUGGGCCAUGAGUCCUUGGUCUCUAUCUCCUCUGAUGGUCUCCAGCUGCCCCAAAUCUACACUUAUAAUGAUGCCGAAGUCCUCAAGAGUAACCCUGAUGCCGUCUCACCCAUUGUGACAAUUAACGGCAAAGAAGUUGUCUCUCACCUAGAGGGAGUUGCAGAGUCCCAGUCAUUCCAGGACCCUGAUGCCAGGUACAACAAUGUGUUCCGCUCCCGCUCCCGCUAUACAAGCAGUGACCAGAUGCUGGGAGCAUUCUCCUUCGGUCCGAAUGGUAUGUGGCCCGGAUCUACAGUGUACAACCUGGCAUACGCCAACGGAACAACGUCCAAGUCCGAAGUGAAGGCCGUUGCUAAAAACGGUAACUUCAAGUUUGCGAACGGUAAGGCGCUUUACGAGAGUUAUUGCCUGCCUGCACCUGAUACAACUGGUACGGCCACCAAAGCAGCUUCUUCGACAGCGACUCCAACGCCCAGUAGUUCCACCCCAGCUUCUUCGACUCCUGUCUCCCAGAGCCCAUCGGCCACUAUAAAGCCUGCUCCGACUGGCUACCCCAAGGCCGCCAUUCGCGACGACAACAACCUGAUCGCCGGCUACCUAUUGAGCGAGCCCGGGCUGGAGGACACGGCCGUGCUAUCUGUUCCUACCUUUAGUGUUAGCAAUCUAGAGGGCGGAAGCGACAUUGUUUCCGGUCUCGCUGUUGAGUUUAUUCAAAAGGCUGUUGACGCGGGAAAGAAGAAGAUGAUCAUCGACCUGAGCUCCAACCCCGGAGGCGACAUCAACUAUGCUUUUGAUCUCUAUAGAUUGUUCUUCCCCAACAAUACCCCGUACUGGUCGUCGCGCUUCCGUGCACACGAAGCCUUCAAACUUAUCGAAAGGGUCGGCUACUCGUUCCCACAUGAUUCGGAAAAUGCCAUCUUUGAAUCGCUCGUCGAAUUCGGCUUCUACAACUUGAAGACCCCCGAUCAGAACCACACCUUUGAGUCGGCUGAAGAGCUCUACGGGCCUCAUCAGGUACUCGGCACUAACAUGAGCACGGCUAACUCGCUGGACCUGGACCUGGUCUCGAGCGAGGUGAAACCAAUCCACGGCUUCGGCGGCAUUAAGUCCAAAUGGACGACUCCCCCUUCGCCCCGGAAGACAUCUUGA